AUGCCGCACGUUUACGUUCCCGUAGACGACCUCUACGGUUUUGUCAAUGAGCCAGCCAAGCACUACUGGGUCCCUCGUCCAACCCAAACCUCUCCUCACCUCGUAAAUCAGGCCCCAGACUUCCACUUCUUCGUCGAACUCGGUCUUCUCGUCCGUUCUCGCCGGCGCAAUCACAACGAAGCAAGUGGCCUCGAAGAUGAAAUCUCGGCGCGCCUGACCAAGUUUGGCAUUCCCAACCACAUCGCACGUACGGGAACCGCAAGAUCUUCCAUUAAGCCUGAAGAAUGGACCAUUGCCAGCGAGCUAUGCAUCCCACCAAAUCCGCAGGACCACCGCUUUGGUAUCAAGCUUGUGUCGCCUGUCAUGUGUUUCAUGGAACGCCCAGAGUCAUGGCAGCGUGCUUUUCGUGUCGUUAUGGACCUUCUGGAUCGCUAUUUCGAGUUGAUGAAGUCUCAUUCAUGCUUCACUCACGUCCACAUCGUGCCACACAACGGCGCAUGGUCUCUCUACCAGGUCAAGAACUUGGCAAAGACUGCACUUUACUUCGAGCAGUGUCUCGACAGCAUCAUGCCCCCUUACCGCCGCAAGUCUGUUUGGGCCAAGAGCAACCGUCACAACAGUUACUUCAGGUCACUGAGGUCCUAUGAAUGCUUCGACGCAAUUGAUUCGCUGCCGACAUUUGAGGACCUUGCUGCAGUCAUGAACUGGUGCAGCGGCGAUUCUGCUACUGGUCGAGCGCUGUAUGGCGAGAAUAACACCGACGGCCUUCACGAGGACUUCCCACAUGACGCCUACCGCUGGAGUUUUGCCAAUCUAAACCACCUUGGGGGAGGACAUGGUACCGUUGAGUUCCGGCAGCCCCCUGGCUCCACGACCGCCAAAGAGGUUAUCACCUGGGUCAUGCUCGUCGGAUGCCUUGCGCGGCUGAGCUGCACUCAUGGCUCUACGCUCAACCCCAAUGAGAAGGGUCAACUUCCUGGCCUCCGCGAGUGGCUGCUCUGGGAAGCGAAGCGGUGUCACCUGCCAAGACGAAACCUGCUGGAAGACUUGCUGCACCAGGAAGUUCAAAUGCACGUCCGCCAUGGUUGCGUCGGUAUGGAUGCCGAUUUCAUCUCGUCCGACGAGGAGAAUCGACUGCGGCAGAAGUUAGAUGAUAGAAACAUUGCGGGAGAAAAGUAUCGCCAUUGGUUUAGCCAGCAAUGA